AUGGGACCCUUACAUUAUGAGCGCAACCAAAGAAUUGCAGCCUGGGCCCAGGCGGUCGCUGAAGAAAGCGAAUCUGCCGUCCCCACCGACCCUGAAGCCCGCGACUUGCGUGAUCGGGAAAAAGUCCAGCGCAUCGAGCACGAAGAUCUAUGCCGCGAGAACAAGCGGACAUAUAGUAGCGUCCUCCUGCUAUGGCUCGCCUGGCAGAGCACCGGUGUUGUGUACGGUUAUAUUGGCACGAGUCCUCUCUAUGUCUUUAGCUCGACCUUCGCCGAGCAGCCAUCAUGGCACGAUCUGGUUGGCGCCUUAUCCAUCAUCAUAUGGUCGCUCACUCUCAUCGUCACUGUUAAGUAUUGUUUUAUUGUGCUUUCAGCCGACGACAAUGGUCAGGGCGGCACAUUUGCUGUCUACUCCUUACUCGCCCGGUAUGCCAAUAUUGCCCGCAGCAACCCCAACGGCCCCGAAAGGGCCAUUUUCCGUCUGGAUUCUGGAACUGUUGACGAAUUGUCCCCGGCGGGAAGAUGGACUCGAGAAUUUAUCGAAAAAAACAGAACGGCAAAGGCAAUUCUCCAGAUCGUCGGCAUAUUGGGUAUUUCUAUGACAAUGGCCGACAGCGUCUUAGCACCAGCCCAAUCCGUCCUCGGUGCGGUUCAAGGCAUCGAGGUUGUGAGACCUGAUCUGGGCAGACCUGCCAUCGUUGGCAUCACCUCUGGUAUAUUUAUUCUCCUCUUCAUGCUGCAACCUCUCGGGACAUCAAAAAUCGGCACAUCUUUUGCACCCAUCGUCUUGAUUUGGCUUCUCUUCAACCUCUCCGUUGGUAUCUACAACCUGAAAGUGUACGACCACACCGUCCUCAAGGCAUUCAGCCCACAUUUUGCCUUUGCAUACUUUAUCCAAAACGGUUCCAGUGGUUGGAAAUCUCUCGGCGGCCUCCUUCUCGCACUCACCGGUGUGGAGUCACUCUUUGCUGCUCUUGGUGCCUUUGGCAAGCGUCCUAUCCAGCUUUCCUGGCUGGUACUUGUUUACCCGUGCUUGCUCAUAACUUAUGCGGGCCAGGCAGCCUAUAUCGUUUGUGAUGAGACCAAGACGGCCUUCACAAACCCAUUCUUCUAUACCGUUCCCGGGGGCACUCUCUAUUUCAGCCUCAUUAUUGCUAUCUUGGCUGCGAUCGUGGCUAGCCAGGCCUUGAUCACCAGCUCGUUUCAGCUCAUCUCCCAGCUGAUGAGGUUGAGUUACUUUCCUCACAUCAAGACGGUCCAUACCAGCCGCCGGUUCUAUGGCCAAAUCUAUAUGCCUUUCGCGAACUGGCUCUUGAUGAUUGGCACCGUGGUGGUCACCGCGGUCUAUAAUAAUACAACUAGCCUCGGCCAUGCAUACGGCGCUUGCGCCAUAACCGUCGCUUUUAUCACGACGUGCAUGGUUUCUCUUGUGGCACUUGUUAUCUGGCGUGUCCCCCCUCUGGUCGUGCUCGUCUUAUUUCUUGUUUUCAUCCUACUUGAUGGCGUUUAUCUUGCUGCAGCGUUGAGUAAGGUGCCGGAUGGAGCCUGGUUCGCUCUGAUCUUGUCCUUUAUUCUUUCCACUGUAUUCGUUCUUUGGCGAUGGGGUAAGGAGCAGCAAUGGGCGGCGGAAAUCAAGGGCGUGGUGGACCCCCCCAGACCUCUCACGCCUUGCAAUAUGUCCCAUAAUAGCUCGAUGUCUGCUUCCAGAGAUAUCCCAAGAGAUGGUUCGGUAUCCCGCUUGAGGCUGGCGCCCGAAAUUGCAGCCGACAGCAUCACACUUGUUCCUGGCCUGGGAAUUUUCUUCGAUAAAGUUGGUGGCGCUGGAGAUCAUAUCCCCAAGGUUUUUACGCACUUUGUCCGUAAGUUUCGGACACGGCCGCAGGUUGUCGUCUUUUUCCACCUGCGAUCACUCUCCCAACCUAGUGUGCCGGUUGACCAGCGGUUUAUUAUCGCCCGAGUCAACUCAAAGAUGCCAUCCUGCUACAGCAUUAUCCUGCGGCAUGGCUAUAUGGAUGAUAUCCUUACACCGGAUCUUGCGCGCAUUAUUAUGGGAGAGCUUAUGAUGUUCAUUACGAGAGGCCCACUCGAACCCAGCGAAAGCGAUCUACCCCCAGGAGUGCGACAAGAGCUAGAAGCCCUUCGCGCUGCAGGAGAGGCCCAGACGGUGUAUUUUAUGGGUAAGCAUCUCAUGCGGGUUCAAAAAAUGGAAGGCCAGAGUAUCAGAAACAUGUUGCGGCGUGUCUCACUAGAGGCUUUUUUGUGGAUACGAGAGAACACAAACACGAAGUUGGCCAACCUCGACAUCAAUCCUGAGGGCCUUGUCGAGGUAGGGUUUGUAACAGAGAUUUGA